AUGGCUACCACCGAGACAAACUCUUCAAAUGACCGUAAGCAGCUUCAUGUGGUGAUGUUCCCAUGGCUUGCUUUCGGUCACAUCAUCCCUUUCCUCGAACUCUCCAAAUUCAUAGCCCAAAAUGGUCACAAAGUCUCGUUUCUUUCGACCACUAGAAACAUACAACGUCUUCCCACCCUCCCUUCCCACCUCUCACCACUCAUAAAUCUUGUUAAACUCACUUUUCCACGUAUUCAAGAGCUGCCCCAUAAUGCAGAGGCCACAAUGGACAUCGGCACUGAUGAUAUUCCUUACCUCAAGAGAGCCUUUGAUGGUCUUCAGCCGGAUGUCACUCGUUUUCUUGAGGAAGAGUCUCCGGACUGGAUUAUUUAUGAUUUUGCUCCCUACUGGUUGCCAUCAGUCGUGGCUGGCCUUGGAAUCUCGCGAGCCUUCUUCUCGAUUAUCAACGCAUGGUUCAUCGCUUUUCAGGGACCUUCGCCCGAUGACUUGAUAAAUGGUUCUGAUGAUCGAACGAUCGCUAAUGAUUUCUUGGCACCGCCAAAAUGGGUUCCCUUUCCGAGCAAACUUUGCUAUCGGAAGCAUGAGGCCAGUUGGAUGGUGGGCAACCUUUCUGUUAAUGCUUCUGGUGUUUCGGAUGCAUAUCGUGGGGGAAUGGUUUUAAAGGGAUCUGAUUGUAUAUUUAUCAGACAUUGUUAUGAGUUCGAACCGCAAUGGCUAACCCUUUUAGAGAAGCUACUCAAACUACCAGUGAUACCCGUGGGGUUAAUGCCACCUGUAACACCCACCCACGUCGGUGAUGAGAAAGAUGCGACGUGGGUGACUAUCAAGAAAUGGCUUGAUGGUCAACAAAAUGGUCGUGUGGUGUAUGUGGCAUUAGGAAGUGAGGUUAUGUUAAGCAAAAGCGAGCUGGCUGAGUUAGCUUUGGGUCUCGAGCUCUCCGGAUUGCCAUUCUUUUGGGCUCUUAGAAAACCAGUAGGUUCCACCGAGUCGAACUUAAUAGAGUUGCCAGAGGGAUUCUUGGAACGAACCCGUGACCGUGGAGUGGUGUGGACGAGUUGGGUACCUCAGUUACAAGUACUGAGCCAUGAGUCAGUGGGUGGCUUCUUGACUCAUUGUGGUUGGGGUUCAAUUGUGGAAGGAUUAAUGUUCGGUCACCCUCUAAUAAUGCUACCGUUUUUGGUGGACCAAGGUCUAAAUGCUCGAAUACUUGUGGAUAAACAGGUGGGAAUCGAGGUACCAAGAAAUGAAGAAGAUGGCUCCUUCACCAAGGAGUCCGUAGCCAGAUCGCUGAAGUCGGUUGUAGUCGAAGAUCAAGGGAAGAUCUACAAGGCGAAUGCCAUGGAGUUGAGUCAAAUAUUCAGCAACACUAAUCUGGAAAAACGGUAUAUAAACAACUUUAUAGACUAUUUGGAAAAGAAGAGAGGUGUGGUUGCUAUAAACGAUGAAGCAUAACCAUAUGGAGUA